UAUCCGGCACAAAAUGGUAAGACAGGAAAGGGUGACUAUUUCGACAUCGACGCCAAGACAUUCGCCGAGUGGGGGAUCGACUCAUUCAAGUUUGACGGAUGUAAUGAAGAUCCCAAAAAUAUGGAUGAAUUGUACCCUAAAAUGGGUGAAUCGCUUAAUAAAACAGGUCGCCACAUGGUGUUCAUAUGCGAGUGGCCAUUAUAUCAGUUGCACGGAAAAAUUAAACCCAAUUAUACAUCGAUUGCCAACACGUGUCACGUGUAUAGAAAUCACGGCGAUGUAGGCGACAGUUGGGCCUCAAUCUCAUCUAUCAUUCAAUUCUAUGGCGAUAACAACGAGGAAUUCAUUAAAUAUAACGGACCCGGACAUUGGAAUGAUCCAGACAUGGUAAUGGUGGGUGACUUCGGGUUAUCCUACGAGCAGAGUCGCACCCAUAUGGCAAUGUGGGCCAUGUUUUCCGCUCCACUUUAUAUGUCUAACGACUUGAGAGACCUUAAGCCCGAAGACAAACAAAUUCUGCAAAAUAAGGAAAUUAUUGCCGUUAAUCAGGAUAAACAUGGAAUCAUGGCUAAGAGGGUGUUCAUUGAUGAUAAAUUCUUAUUUGUCCAGACCCAGUUUGUCCAUCUCGGGUUUCACCUGUUGUUCACCAGCAUACGACAGCAAAUAUACCUAUUAUCAAUGUCUGAGAAAAUAUCGACUCUAAUCCCGGGUGCAAAAGAUGUGUCCGAAUAUACAGUGGAAGACCUGUUUAAAGACGAGGUGUUUAAGGAUAUGAAGGGAUCUAAUUUGGAGCUGAAGGUGGCUACUGGUGGGGGAUGUCGUAUGGUUAAACUGGUGCCUAAAAAAUGA